CUGGUUCAGGAGGUUUAGUAAGUAAUUUCUUAAAAUUGGAUUAAAAACCCUUGUCCUCCCUUCAUUUCGUCCUCAUCCAUCGGAAAUUCCAAACCGCCGCCGUCGCAAAAGCCCAUACCAGCAGGAUUUUUCCGCCGAUUUAACCUCAAAUCGAUUCCAAUCUCCUCCGUUCAUCCUACUCUUGGAUUCAUCAGAAGGAAAUAGAAAAAAGAGAAGGAAAAGUACGAAAAAAGAGCAAAAAAAUUCCGGAGCUUGCACAUCGGAGAGAAACCCACACAGGCUUUAAUUGAAACUCGGAGCGGAAAGGAAUUCAAGAAGUAGGCUGCAGUGGGGGUUAUGAUGGAAUUUUCCCUUGUCAUGGAUGUGCUAAUGUGAGUAGUAGCUGAUAUGGACAUGCAGCAGCAUAUGUAAUUAGGACAAGAUAUGGACAUCUAUGCUACCAAUCCUGGGCCAGUGGAUGAUUCUGUCCUGUAUGAUCAAGAUAAACAUGUCUCAGCUGCAAUUUGGGAGGGUCAGGUGAUUACUGGAUCAAAUCAUUUUUAUUUGUUUCUUUUUAUCUUCUUUCUUCUGCCAGUUUAUUUUGUAUUGUUGUCCUCACCAAAUUAUAAUUAGCAGGAGCGAGGUGCACUCAGAUGCCAUGAGCAUACUUCUAAGUUGGAUAGGUGGGUUCUUACUGAUAAGCAGAUUGAGCUGGUAAAGAAGGCUGGUUUUGGUUUCUUGAGGUUAAUUCCUGCAAUUAGUUUGGACAAUCCACUUAUCUCUGCUCUAGUUGAGCGAUGGAGAAGAGAAACAAACACAUUCCAUUUCACUGUUGGAGAGAUGACGGUGACUCUUGAAGACGUUGCAUACUUGUUGGGGCUGUCUAUUGAUGGUGAACCAGUUAUUGGUGUUACAUACACAACAUGUGAUGCAGUAUGUGUCAAGUAUUUGGGAAGAGGACCUGAUUCAGGGUACACCAGUGGGGGGAUGGUGAAGCUUAGCUGGUUGAAGGAAAGCUUCUCGCAUUGUCCUGAGGAUGCCUCAACUGAAGAUGUUGAGCGCCAUACUCGUGCCUAUCUUCUCUAUCUUGUUGGUAGCACAAUAUUUUCAACCACAACUGGUAAUAAAGUCCCUGUGAUGUACCUUCCUUUGUUUGAAGAUUUUGAGGAAGCAGGUAAAUAUGCAUGGGGUGCAGCUGCAUUGUCAUUUUUGUAUAGAGCACUUGGCAAUGCCUCGCUUAAAUCUCAGAGCACGAUUAGUGGAUGCUUAACCCUCCUGCAGUGCUGGAGUUAUUAUCACCUUAAUGUUGGCCGGCCAAGGCUUAACCACGACCCAAUCCAUGAGUGUUUUCCUUUUGUUCUCCGAUGGAAAGGGAAGCAAAGCAGUCCAACGGCGAAUCGUGAUGUAGUUUUCUAUCGCAAAGCAUUAGACUCUCUCAAGGAAAUUGAUGUUGAGUGGUGUCCUUACACAAAUAUUAGCCAUACCGUUAUUCCUCCAAAUAUUUUGAAUAGUCUCAUUCUUGGGCGAUCAAAGACAAUGCUGAUAUGUUUUGACAAGGCGGAAAGGCACCUUCCAGAUCGCUGCUUGAGACAGUUUGGCAUGAAUCAAACUAUUCCGGAGGAUGUCCCAAAGUGGGAGAGGAAAAGCCGUGGAGUUGAUGGUGGCAUUGAUCUCUCUUUGAAAAUGGAAUCAGAGCUUAAUGAAUGGUUGCGCCGUCGACUUCAUAUUGUUGAGGCCGAGGAAGAUGUUGAGGAAAGUGAAUACAUGCAGUGGUACUUGAAUAUAACUCGUAAAUUGGUUGGGAGGCCUAUACCAAUCUCCUCCGAGUUUCAGAUGAUGAGCACAGCCCUAAGGGACAUCGCCUUUGUGGCAGAUUCUCUUUCAACUCGUGGGAUGGAUGAUGAACAAAUUCAAGCUGUGGCAAGAAUUAGGUAUGUUGCACAUGAAUGCUUGAGGGACCAGGUUGCAAUUACAGUGGCCAAUAUGCAACCUGAAGUGGUAAAAAGAGUGAGAGGAAAGGAGAACGUAAGGAGGAAGAGUAUGGGAAAAAGGAAACGAAAAGAAGAUGAGAAUUAUAGCUCGCCUCGCUUAAAUUCUAUGGCUGGUCGUUUACUCUCGUAUCAUCAUAAUACUGAAAAUGAGAUUCAUUCAGUGACAUAUGCCAUACGUCGGGAGACAGAUGACGACGUCUUGGCAUCCCCGGCAGAUGUCAAAGUUGAUGAUGAAGACUUUUGUGAGACUAAUGAAGUUGAUGACUCCCACUUUCGGCGCGUAGCUCAAGAGAAAGGUGAUGAUAUUGGUGAGCCGAAAGAGGAAGUCGACAUAAGUGCUCCAGAGCGGCCAUAUACAGCUACCGAGGCGGUUCAACAGUCCCCUCUGGAAAAUAGUGAGGAUAUUGCGCGGCAGGUUGAGGCCCGUUAGCCAGGUCCGAUGCGGCAUCUUAGUUCUACCAUGAGGGAGAAAGCAACCAAUUUGUGUUUCUCUGGAGCCUAGGGGUAUGUUUCUUGGGAGCCUCUAGGGGUAAUAUAUUCAGCUUCUUAGUUACCUUUUUUACGCAAUGUUGGUUAGAAAUUAGGUGGUGACCAAAAUUACUUCUGUCUCCUUGUAGCUUAUUAGUUGGUGUAAGUUCAUGAAGUGACUGAAUAUGAUUCUAAUUUAUUCAUCCUUUAAUGGGAAAAGUCACAAAGUUGUUCCAUCAAAAUCUUAUUGGUCACUAUUCCAUUUUUCCUUUUCCAUUUUCCCAACACAAUGAAUUGGCCACUCCUUCGACCAUAUCACUGUUGGAGCUAGUGCUUGCACCUCCCUCCACUAAGCACGCAGCACCGUUGGAGUUUUUGUUUUAAUC